GAGCCGCCUGUAUCACCCCUGAGCAAUCUAGGGGGCUCCCAGGCUUUAUAGCCCUGCGGGGGGGCACUUAAUCUCUCUUUUUACUUAAAUUUUUUGAUUGCAUGAGAUCACCACUGCCCUCAUGCAGCAUCCACUCGUUUUUUGGCGGAUUCGCUGCCAGGUCCUAUUGCAUCAUGGGAUUUGUAGUCCUCCCCAGCAGUAACUGACCAGGACUGGAGCAAAGUGUUUUCAGCAGGGGGAAGGGGGCUCAUGGCAUUGGGUGACCAGUCUGACCAGUUCACAUUCCCUGCCUGUGGGGGAUAGUGAUCUUAUCUUCAAGCUGUGCACUCUGGCAAGCAAAGAGUUAAAAGGACCCUCUAGCACAGAAAGGCUAUCUGCUCUCCCAGUAUGCAGGAUUGGGAAUGGUUAACCUCAUCAUUGCCAGUUAGCACGGCUCAGCCAGACAGCGCUGCACUGUCCGUAAGGGGGGUUGCUAGUGAAAGCGGCAGCUAUAGGGUUAAGUGUGCAGUGAGCGUGCAGUGUGCAGCCUACCCCUGCAGCCUCCUCCAGUCACACUCAAUGCAAGGAUUAUGGGAGGCCCUCAUUAUGCAAAGCUCCCAGUCCCGGCCACUCCUCCAGGUAUUGGGCUUUGCUGUGGCCAGCAGCCGGGUGCUGGGCUCCUGCGGUGUGGGAUCACAAGGCCUCGCAGCUGGGGGGUUCGCUGAGUCACAUGAACAGCCACUUCUUCUGGGCGCUGCUGGGACUUCAAAAAUGAAAGCCCGGAGCCGCUAUCUCCAGAGGAACUAGAGGGAAACUCCGCCAUUCCUGGAAGAAGACCUGUUUUCCUGGAUACGUUCCGCUGACUCGGAGAAGAGAGAAUGGUCUUGUUUGUUUCUGACGUCCCCCCUCGAGCUACGACACAGGAGGAGACCGUGUCUCUCCAACAGGUCUGAGGCCGCGGAAUUUUUUCCUUAGGUCUAUGCCAGUGCUUGUCUUGCCACCUCCUCCCCUUCCUGGGAUGCGGGAUGCCGGGGAAAAUUCCAAAACAUCUUACACUUCUUCCGACUCCUUCCACUUGGGAUCUCCAGUUUCUGUCCGCCUUGGAAUCUUACAUUUGAGGUGAACCUAUCUUCUGACCUUCGACUCUGUCACUGGACAUGGAACUUGUACCCCACGUUCCGUUUUAUUAUUUUUGACCCCCCUCAUACCAGGAACCUCUUUGGGAAUAUAAUUCAACUCUUAUUUCAUGAAGCUUGGGAUCUCGUGGAUGUGGUGACCACGCUGAGCCAUGUCUUGGUUUGGAGAAGUUCAGUGGUUAUGCCUGGUGACCCUCUUCUUUGCCUCCUUGGUGACCAUCGCUGUAUAUCUCGUCCAGUACAUCUUGAACGUUUGGUGGAAACGUAAAGCAAAGAGGUCUUAUUCCGGCGCGCAGAGUGAGGCCGACUCUCUGCUGUCCUGGAUCUUAUCUCUGAAUAGUUGGAGGAGUCAAUGGCUGAAGACGUGGAUAGCCGCGCUCAACGAAGAGGCCGGGAAAAGAGGGGGAUCCCUGCGGCUGGCGUUUGAAGAUGACAAUGGACCGCGACCUUUAGAGCUGUCCGUCAAACAAGUGGAGAGCGUUGUGAAGUCCUAUAGUGAUAAGGUUGUGUGCUGCACUGUAGUAGGUGAAUGUCUACAGUUUGCCGUGCGGGUGACCCGGACACUGCCAGCCAACUCAGGAUGCCAGGUGUACAGUGUGCGCAUCACUCCGCUCCAUAUAAAUCUGGAGCUCCGUGUAAAAGAUGGAGCUGGAAAAGACGUCCUGGUCACGUGGUCCAUGGGAAACUUCUGCGACCUUGAUCUUCAAGUUCAACCAAAAACUAAGCUGGAGCAGACCCCCGGAGCAAGCGCCAUCAGGGAAACUCUGGAGGACAUACUGAAGAACCUCAUGGGCUGUGUCCGACCUCAAGUAGAUCUGAGCAGCAAGCCUACAGACCUGAAGGAGCAUCAGAAUAUUCCUGGCGUCCAUUUUCCAGUGAUCUGUCCUCCGAAACCACCGCGAGUUCACGAGCUGAAGCUUCAAGUGCGCAAUAUCAAAGCCGCGCUGAGCGGAAAUGUUGACACCUCCGGGAUGGUGGUGUGCUCCGCGCAGCUCAACGACCCCGUCCAGAGGUUCACGACCGCAGCCAUACAACAGAGCGCAAGCCUCGGCUGGGAGGAGGAAUUUGUAUUUGAACUGAAUGCAAAAUCCAGAGAGCUGCAGCUGCAGAUGAUAGAACCUGGGAAACCUGCGGGAGGUCCCCCCUUGGCCUGUGCCAUCGUGCCCUUAGAUCUAUUCAGGAAGAACCCCUCAGGAAGGCAGAACUAUUCCCUGAACCCCAGCAGUCCCUUGUCCGGGUCAAUCAGUGCUCAGUUCCUGUUCGUGGAGCCGACUGAAGUGAAGUCCUGGUCGGUCCCGGUCCCUGCAAAGAAAGUAGAGAUGGACCGGACGGUGAUGCCUUGCGGCACCGUGGUGACCACCGUUACCUCUGUCUCUUCAAAGCCACGGCUAGAGGGGAAGAGUCCGACUGCCAGCUGCACUGAUAAAACAUUGGAUUCCCCCUCGAGGACUCCCCCUAAAAUGAAAGUGAUUGAGAGGGACUUCUCGGUACAAGCCAUUCCGUCUCAGCCCGGGGUGGUCAGCAAGGUGCUCUCCUCCUCGGACACUGAACUCUUGAUGCUGAAUGGCUCUGACCCGGUGGCAGAAGCCGCCAUAAGACAGCUGAGGGAGUCUUCUAGACAGUCCCUAAAGUCUCCUCGGAAGAAGAGCACCAUCAUUAUAUCAGGAGUCUCCAAGAGUGUGCUUACUCAGGACGAUGAAUCCUCGCUCAUGAUGAAUUACGCAGCCUCCAUGGACAGCACAGUUGUGAAUGACGAGCCCUUUGAUGACGUCACUAAGGGAGCCACCAGUAAUAAAGGUCUGACAUUGGCGUCGACGUCCACCGUGCCAGCCAUGAGCUCAGAAGACGAGCUUCUCGAUGCCUGGGAGCAGAGCAGUCAGCCGGGAGACUGGAAUGGCAAUGGAUUGGAGGACCCAGACUCUGAAUUAGUAUCUGUCAGUAACCUGAGCAUGUCGGAGACGGGGAGCAUCAGGAAAUCGAAAGGCGGAUUUUUACACAAAGGAGCAAAGCUAUUUUUCCGCCGGAGACACCAGCAGAAAGACCCUAGCAUGAGUCAGUCUCACAACGACCUGGUCUACCUAGAAAGGCAAGGGGCGGCGGAGCAUCACAAGAAGGGGAGCACGCUGACCCGACUCCUCAACAAGAAGCUCCUCCCCAAAAAUAAACACAAAAAUAAACCGCCACCUGAAAACGCCUAACCCAGCCAGGCAAGAUGGCCGACCAAGACACCACAGGAGGAAAGCCCCUGAGAGGCGUGAGGCCGUGGUGAAGGCCUAGAUGUCCCUCAUGAACGAAGUGAACUUGUAAAAUUCUGCUUUUAAUUUUUUUGAUCUUUUAGCUCAACACUGUGAGAUUUUAGAAGUCCUAUAAGGCGGCUCAUCCUCAACGCACAAUGGAGGGGCAGCCAUUUUAUGAGCUAAAGCAAUACUCGUGGGAAUAGAGAGGCAGCCAUUUUGUAUGAGUGUGAGAGUUCUCAACUAAGGCGGUCAUUGAUUGCAAUGUACCUCAUCUCUCAGUGAUAUGACUGGUUUCUGUGUGUUUUUCUACAAAAUGGCGUCCACCGUGGAGGGUGGGUUCACCUCGAAAUGUCCACUUUGACAUGGAAUUGCAUGUAAAUUGUAUUUAUGAGCCACUCAAUUCUAUGGCUAGAGGCUCCACUUUGGCCUAGGCGCUAAUGGCUUCCUCCACACCUCUGGGUGGGGGCAGGGAGGAUCCCUAUGAUAUCCAAUAGUGCAAUCUAUACGCAGCGGACCACCCUGAACACUAAUUAUGUAAAUAAUGGAGAUAUUAAGAGGUUUUUAUAUAGUUAUUAUGUUUAAUUCAUGUAAGAUUUUCGCUUAUUUUAGGCACCAACUAAGCCGAAUGUAAGUAGGCCCCAGACAUUGAUAUAGGAGACCCAGGGCUUAGCUAUAGGGUGGUCAUAUGUAGGCCCUGGUGCCUGAUUGGGUCCCAAGGCUGCUCUGCCCCAUAAGAAGGCACCAGUAUUAUAAAUGGUGCAUGGUAGGUAGGGGGCCUUUAUUAAAGAUUUUACAUUGGCGGCCCAGGAGCUUCAGGUUUCACCUCAUAAAGACUAAAGGAAUUUUCCAUAGUGCUGGUUGCCCUUGGAAACAGAAAACAGCUUAGCUCCGCCCUUCUGUCAGACAUGUGACAUAACAGCUUAAAGGGGUUUUCCAGGAGGAAAAUAUUGAUGAGCAAUCCUCAGGAUUGGUAAUCAGUAGCUGAUCGGUGGGGAUCUGACACCCGACACAGGAGCGAUGCGGCCUCUUCAGAGUGUAACCAAGCACAGCGCCGUACAUUGGAUAGUGGCUGUUCUUGGUAUUGCAGCUCAAGCCCAUUUACUUGAAUAGGACUAGUGAUGUCACUGGCCUUGGAAGAGGGAGCAGCUCACAAAGAGACUUCAUAGUACAUAUAGUUCUGUCUGGUCUAGGGGAUAAUGCCAGAUUAAAGGAAUUUAACUACACUCCCAAAAUUGAAGGAUUAUUAAAUUUCCUCUAAAUUUCCACAGAAAAGCAAAGCCUAGGUCACACCAUGGGCUGUCUGAGAAAAUGGCGGUGUUGUCCAUAGCAACCAAUCAGCUUCUGAUUUUCCACAGCAACUGUGAAACUAAUUGUAUUGAUGACUACUGGUUGCUAUGGGAAACACUAACUCAGAAGAAAGGGUCAGUGUUGCCCAUAGCAACCAGGCAAAUUUCAUCUGCUUAUUUUUUAAAUGAAACCAGUCCUCUAAACUGUUUUGGGAAAGCUGGGUGACUAUCAAUAUGGCCGCCGGAGGCCAGCUUAAAGCUCCUAAGCCCCGAUGAUAAAUCUAUAUGAACCCCUCUCGGGGCCCACUAGGCCAGGCUUAAAGGCUAUGUACACCUUCUGGAGGCAAUUUUGUUUAUGAUUGCGUUUUACUCAUUUUGAGCUAAAAAUCAUAUUUUCAAUUGGCCUUUAUUAAAAAUAUUGAGCCGUUCUGUCACAAAGAGUUAACUGUUUUUCUAACUGUGCGACUGGUACUUUCACUUUCUGCCGUCAUCUAAUAACCCUCAUCUCUAAACUACGGAGAGGUCAUAAACACUUAUUUAAGCCAGUAAGAUAAGAGCUGAGCUAUAAAGAAUGUUUAAGAGAUCAGAGAUAUAGGGGGCCAUCAGCUGAGCUGCCUGAUGGCACAGAGUGAAAAUUCAGAUACUGCUACUAGAGAAUCUCAAGGCUGCACAGAGACAGGGGUUCAACACUUUUAAAUAAAUACCAAAUAAAAUAAAGAUAUUUUUUUUAGCUCAAAAUCAGUACAAUAUAAAAAAAAUGCCCUCAAAGGUGUACAUAGCCUAAGGGCCUGUAACCUCUACAUACCUCCCGACCUACCUUUUUAGACCACCAAGUGGCAAAGCCUAUGCAAAUGUGCUAAACAUGGUGGUUGUUUCUGAUGGAUGGCACCUGGAUUAUGACUCUGCACCCCCUAUAGCAAAGCCACUGGGCAAAUCUACCUACAAAUGCUUGACCUAUUGUUUACACCAAAGCACUGCCUAUAGCCCUUCACCUGUCCUGCCUGCACUUUAAGAUGGCGGCUCUCUGCGGACCUGUCACCCUCCUUCCCAUACACUCCAUGCAGCCAGGGAUCAUACUGCGUACAUUUUAUCCGGCAUCCUUGGACGCGGCCAUUUCCAUGAUAAAACCCAGUGGCUAGAAAAUGGUGACAUCACUCGGGCCUACAGCUUCCACGCUGUGCAGAGGAUGGGCCCAGAAGGAACCAAUGUAUUUGUCAUGUUCAGUCCGUCUGGGGGACGGUCUGCUGCUUGUUUUAGGAAUUUCCUGCACCUUGCAUAUUAAAGGGGAGCUCUGCCUUUGACUGAUAUUGACCUUUAAGGAUCGGUAAAUGUAAAAUCCAGCUACUUCAUUUUAUUCUAUUACUUAUUUUUUACAUCUGGAAGCAGCUUGCUGACGGUUUCCAGUCAACCAGGGGAGAUUAUUUUAAAUGUAUUAAUUUAUUUUCUAUGUUGCGAUAUAGAAAAUUCACCAGAAUUUAUAGAUGUACAGUAUAUAAUAUAUUCUUAAAUCCUAGCACAUACACCGUAAAUGAACUGUCAGCGAGCUAACUGACAGCCUUGCUUAUAGUUUCCAAGUAACGACGCUAAAUCCGUUAUGGCUACCUUUACAUUUAUAGGGCAUUGUGUAAAACACAAUGGUUUCUAUCCUGUUAGCGACCAUGCUGACGGUUUCCAUCUAACACCGGGAGAUGUUUUUAUUCAGUUCUGUGCAGAUACGAAUUUAAAGGGCUCAUGCACGCAAACGUAUUUUUCGUCUGCAGCUGAUACGCAUUUUUUGCGGCUCGGAUGCGAACCUGUUCACUUCAAUGGGACCGCAAAAGAUGCGGACCGCGUGUCCGUUCCGCGGCCCCGCAGAAAAAAUAGAACAUGUCCUAUUCUUGUCCAUUUUUCGUACAAGGAUAGGACAGUCCUAUAGAGGGCAGGAUGUUCCUCAAAAUGCGUGUUUUGCGGAUCCGCAAUCUGCGGACGGCUACGCCCAUGUGCACGAGCCUUAAAACACAGAAAAAGGUAAUCGCAGAUGCUAGAUUUUACAUUUUGAGCUAAUGUUGGUCAAAAGGGAAGCUUCACCUCAAGGCUGCUUUCACAUAGGCAGGAAGCUGCAUCACUACUGCGUAUUUUCUUAAAGGGGCUUUUCUAGGAAUUUUUAUUUUUUAUUUUUUUUAGAGGGACAAUGUGAUCGAUUUUGCGUGAAUGUACCCUUGGUCUGUAGGAAAUCGGCAUCAAGUCAAUGAAAAUGUAUGCUUCCUGUCACACUACACUGCAGACUACUAGUGGGCUUAGAUGGGGUGUCCAGUUUCGAAGACCCCCAUUAUCAUAGACCGUAUUAGGGGGGUGCUCAGUUCAGGAUCCACCUCUUUUGGUCAGAAUUACAAAGAGCGUCUCUCGCUCUGGAGGACCUGCCCUGUCCUGUAUGACAUAGACAACCCAUUGAUGUGAAUGGACACUGUGUAAUACUUCAUUUCACCAGAGGUGGCACUGCAGGGAAACUGAACACUUACUGCCAGCUUUCCCCCCACAGAUUACAGCCGAUCGCUGGGGCUCCCCUUUGUGAUCUGCUCAGAGGAAAGUCUUUACAGUCCAGUGCUGGACUAUCGGACGUCGGUAUCAUCAGAUGCCAGAUUAAAGGACGUUUUUUAGUUAAAUUUUUAUUUAAAGAAACAGGAAUUCAGAAUGUGGAAAUUCACCGUGGCAUGGAAGCGCCUGGCGUUUUGUGUAGUGAUUGGCGCGUGAGUGAAGUGGGUAAUGAGUGUUCAUAAAAAGCGGGUAUCAAGAAAAACAAACAAACAAAAAACAACACUGAUUAACCCCUCAGCUGCUGGCGCUCUCUGGACUUCUCAGGCGGACAAAGAAGGGGUUAACUGCUGUGUAAUCGUAGCAUUAAUAGCCAUACCAGAUGAUUAUGCAAAAUGAUUAUGUACUUUAUAGGAUAUUUAAUGCUGUAUACAUAGAACAUAGGAAGAAUCUGAUUUUUUCCUCCAGGUUUACAUUUCAGCAGUCGGUGAAGGAUUAUUUGACAUUUCUACAUCCGUUUCUAAUGAUAACUCUCAUCCUCCUCAUCAGAUUACACAAUGUAAACUUUCUGUAUUAAAAAGAAAUCUUCACUGCUGA